AUGGCAGGUACUGUGGAAACAGCAACAACAUAUAGUUCAUGGAUGGGCUUAUUGUACGUCUUCAACUUGAUUGUUGGUACUGGUGCAUUAGCGUUACCAAGAGCUUUUCAACAAGCUGGUUAUAUACUUAGUAUAGCCAUCCUUGCAGUAUCCGCUGGAGCCAGCUAUAUUUCGGCAACAUUCGUCCUUGAAUCGCUUGCUACAGGGAAUGCUGUACAACAUCGGAGGCGUAAGUGCAAGAUAAAAGGCCGCAGUCGCGAAUCAGUUGCCGAUUAUCAUAGAGGCGGUAGAAAAGCUCUCAUCGUAUCCAUGGCUUACGAUUCGAGUACAUUUGACUUUACUACAUUAAUCGCGGUGGUUCUCAAGGAAAUCGUGCCUCAUAGUAUAAGAAACGGCUCUAAGCUUUAA